UUCCGAUCCGCCAUCGCGGGUGGAGCCGCCGCCACGAUGCAGAUUUUUGUGAAGACCCUUACGGGAAAAACCAUCACGCUCGAGGUUGAACCCUCGGACACUAUAGAAAAUGUAAAGGCCAAGAUCCAGGAUAAGGAAGGAAUUCCUCCUGAUCAGCAGAGGUUGAUCUUUGCUGGUAAGCAGCUGGAAGAUGGCCGUACUUUGUCGGACUACAACAUCCAAAAGGAGUCUACCCUUCAUCUUGUGUUGAGACUUCGGGGUGGUGCUAAGAAAAGGAAGAAGAAGUCUUACACCACUCCCAAGAAGAAUAAGCAUAAGAGGAAGAAGGUUAAGUUGGCUGUGCUGAAAUACUAUAAGGUGGAUGAAAAUGGCAAAAUUAGCCGACUUCGUCGGGAGUGUCCUUCUGAUGAAUGUGGUGCUGGAGUUUUCAUGGGAAGCCACUUUGAUAGGCAUUACUGUGGCAAGUGUUGUCUGACUUACUGCUUCAACAAACCAGAAGACAAGUAGUUGUGUAUGUGUUAAUAAAAAGGAACUCAUACUUA